ACACUCCUUCCUUCCUCUUUACAUAACGUCCGUUAAUACCUCCGCUAUCUCCCACCCAGUCGAACACUUACCACGUGUCCAUUCACCGUCUAACCCGACGCCGUUAAUUCCGCUCCAACGCGAGCAUUAAAAACAGCGUUUUCAUCUUAUCACCAUCUCAACUCCUCCCACAUUUUAAACUCUCUGGUCAGCGAAUCCUCUCACCGAGUCAGAAGGUUUUAAAAAGAUGCCGUCAUCGUCGACUACACCAACCACCGCGUCCUACUGGUGCUACAGCUGCACGCGAUUCGUCAGCGUCUGGUCCGAAUCCGAACAAGGCACCACCACACUCACCGUCGCUUGCCCCCACUGCGACGGCGGAUUCAUCGAAGAGGUAACCCCUUCCUCCUCCGCCUCCGCCGCCGCCGAAUCACCUCUCCCAGCCUCCACCGAAGUCAGAUCGAUCGAUAACACCCGUAGAUCCGUAAUCAGACGCCGCAGAUCCACUCGUCGCCCUUCCUUCAACCCCGUAAUCGUCCUCCAAGGCGGCGCCGCCGGAGACGAUUCCGAGGAAGGAGAACGACGACGAGGCGGAGGAGGCGCGUUCGAGUUUUACUACGACGACGGAUCCGGAUCGGGUCUCCGUCCCCUCCCGGAUUCCGUAUCCGAGAUCCUGAUGGGAUCGGGAUUCGAGCGGUUGCUCGAGCAGUUAAGCCAGAUCGAAGCAUCCGGAGCCGGAAUCGGUAGAUCCGGAAACCCUCCCGCGUCGAAAUCAGCGAUCGAGGCGCUGCCGAGAGUGGAAAUAUCCGAUUGCCACGUCAGCGCGGAGGAGAGCUGCGCUGUUUGCACUGAGGUGUUCGAGGCGGAGAGUGAGGCGCGUGAGAUGCCGUGUAAACAUAUUUUCCACGAUGACUGUAUUACCCCUUGGUUAUCGAUUAGGAACUCUUGUCCGGUUUGCCGGUUCGAGCUGGCGGCUUCGGAGGGUAACGGAAGAGGGGGUGAGGAGGGUGGGGAGAGUGCUGUUGGGAUGACGAUUUGGAGACUACCGGGAGGGGGGUUUGCGGUUGGGAGGUUUAAUGCGGCGAUGGGGGAAGGGGAGAGAGUUUUGCCUGUUGUGUUGACGGAAGUGGAUGGUGGUGGGAUUGUUGGUGGGAGUAGUGAGGGUCCGAGAAGGAUCUCGUGGGUUAGGGCACAGGGGAUGGGGGAGUCGGAGGGUGGUAAUGGUGGUGGUGGUGGGUCGGGAGGGAGGUUGAGAAGGAUGGUUCGUGGGAUGGUGUCGUUGAUGAGGAGAGUGAGACCAAACCGUGGAGGUAAUUCGUCUUUGUCGGAUCGUGUGGAUUUGGAUGUGGAGGUGGAACGUAGGGGUUUGGAACGGUCGAGUUCGGUGAUGAGGAGAUUCUUUGGGAGGAACAGAAGUAGCAGAGAUUCUUCUGUUCUGCAUUGAUGUUUUUGAUAUAUAUGUUUGGUGUGUGUUUGUUCAUUCAACUAAAAUGUAAAUAGAAGGAUUCAGAAGAAGGAAGAUUGGAAACCAAGAACGAUUCUUUUUUUAUUUUUACAUUCUUUUGAUUCGUCGUAUGUUACAUUACAUUGCAUCAAAAUGUCUAAUGUUUUCAUUCAAGCUUUCAUCAUUUUUUCUUUUCUUUACCUUUGUCUUGGACUCAGAUCCUCGGAAGUUUUCCCGAGAUUUUGGCUUUGUUUUGGUUUCCGAGAAAGUAAAAGAAUGCUUGUUCUUUAAGCCUUUUUUUUCCCUCGGAUGCUAAGAGUGGACCUAACUGGGAAAGAGAUGCACAGAAAUGAGAAAAGAAGACAAAAGUCUUGAUGGUUAAGUUGGGUGCCAAAUUUGAAUUCAAUUCCAACUGCAAGUUCCCUUUUAAUUCAUACCUCGACUCCACGGCACGUUUAGAUUUUGUUUCAAAACGGUUGACCCGGUCAACAAAAAUUUAUUGAACGAUGAGUUAACAUAAAUACUUUUUUAACAUUUUGAUCAGAAAAAAAAUACUUUUUUUUACAUAAAUGAUAAAUCCAUCUUUUGGUAGAUGUAGACCAAAAAUUCUCUCCUCAAUUCUUAAGCACUAGAGUUUCUGUAAUGAAAGUUUCAUUAGACAAAGAUGGAGUUUAUAGAUUUCAAAGGAAGGUGUUUCAAAAGAAAAAAAAAGUUUCAAAGGAAGAUCCUGAGGUCACAAGACGACGAUAUUUCUCACGUGCUGACGCCAACAAAACGGUAACUUCGAUAUAUACAGUACUUCGCCUUCUAGUAACUAGAGAGAUUCUUUCUUUCUUUUGUUACAUAGCUCCAGAUGCUCCAAAUCCUAAGGAACUCCCAGUGACUUGCAGGUGACGAAAAUUGUUAUGUACUAAUGUGAUGAGCAUUGCGUGUGGAGUUGUGUAUAUAACAACUUAUGUCAAAGGGUCUAAGCCUCGUUACAAGCCAAUCUACAAGUUUCUUGCUGUCUUCCUUGACUUUAGUUUACUCUCUAUUGUUAUGAUUUGGGGUUAAUUUUGUCG